AUGAAGAACUUGUUGUCAAGGAAACAUAAGCUACAGGAGUGCCAAACAGUAACACUCACCGAAGAGUGUAAUGCCAUUAUACAAAAGAAGUUCCCAUCUAAACUCAGUGAUCCGGGAAGCUUCAAUAUUCAAAUUGCUAUCGGUAGCACUGAUGUUGGCAGAGCACUAUGCGAUCUUGGGGCAAAUCUGAUGCCAUUAUCUGUUUGUAAAUCUCUGGGAAUUACUGAGUUAAAACCCACUAUGGUUUCUCUACAACUCGCUGAUAGAUCUUUGAGGAGACCAAGUGGUAUUAUUGAAGAUGUGCUUGUUAAGUUGGAUAAGUUCAUCUUCCCAGCUGAUUUUGUGGUAUUAGAUAUGGAAGAGGGUACUGAAAUGCCCCUAUUAUUGGGAAGACCUUUCUUGGCGACUGCUCGAGCCAUGAUUGAUGUUGAGAAUGGCAGGUUAGAGUUAAGAAUGAAUAAUUAG